AUGCAGCAUGAGCCCGAGGAACAGACUUUCCAGCUCCAGGCACUGGAGAUACGCGAACCGAAUGGCGACUUCGAUCCCAAGAAGCCGCCGGAAUCCGGGGAGGAGUACCUAAUGCACAUGCUGUACGAGAGGAAGCGCUGUCCAGCGGUGGUGACCAAAAGAUCUCCUAAAAUUAAGGAUAAUGCGGGAAAGAACACCUUUGAGAUGCUGGAUAAUCCCGCCCUGCCGCCUUUCAAGUGCCUUUUGCCCACGCCCGAAUGGCGGGAAGAACAGGUGAAAUCCUUCCAAGCAGCCCGCUCCCAGGUUUUAAUCCUUCGCCGGGAACUGGCCAGCCACAACUACGAUCAGUCCGCGGAACCGCCCUUAACCUCGGACCAGGAGAAGUGGCGGGAGUUCUGCCGCAAUCAACAGCCCCUCUUGAGCACUCUCCUCCAUUUGUCGCAAAGCGAUUUGGAGCACCUGCUGGAAAGGCUCAGCAAGUGGCUGCAGGAUCCCGACCCCUCGGUGGACCUGCUCCAGGACGUCUGGCUGGCGCGCUGGCUGUAUGCCACCCUGGUCUGCCUGCAUCUUCCCCUGGAACCGCAUGUUUUUAGCACCCUUCGUUAUAUUGCCCGAUCCUGCAUCCAUUUGAGGAACCAACUGAAAGAGGAGGAAGUGCAGCGAGCAGCACCCUACAACCUAUUACUAACCCUCAUUGUUCAUGUCUUUGCGCAGAGUGAUUUUAAGGAUUACAUUUAAGGUAUAGCAUUUUUUAUUUUUUAAUAUAAGCACA